GCCGGGGGCGUCGAGAUCGCUACCUCCUCGGUCCGCACAGCCCCCGCCCCAGAGUCGGGCUUACGCCAUCUUGCGCCCCCCCAACUCCUGCCACACAGCCGAGUCACCUUUUUCCUCUCUAGAUUCUCUGCCACCGCCCCCCCUCCCCGCCCCUUUUCAAUCCUGUCGCGGGCCGCAGCAGGAGAAACCACGCCAUCUCUACCCCCACAGUCUCCACGCGGGACGCGCAGCCGUGCCACAAGUGUUCUUAAAGCAGAGGUACUUCAAAGAGUUUGUGGAAAAAAGUGGAAUUAAAAGAUGAAUAGUACUGCAGCUAGCCCAAUGUCUACUGCCACUUCAAAUAGUGGAAGAAGUACAGGGAAGUCUAUAAGCUUCGUGGCAGAAUUACAGAGUAUGAUGUUUUCUUUGGGUGACGCCAGGAGGCCUCUUCAUGAAACAGUGGUUUUGGUAGAAGAUGUGGUACAUACUCAGUUAAUUAAUCUGUUACAGCAAGCUGCUGAAGUUUCUCAGCUGCGGGGAGCAAGGGUAAUUUCUCCUGAAGAUCUUCUGUUUUUGAUGCGCAAAGAUAAGAAAAAACUUAGAAGACUGUUAAAAUACAUGUUUAUGCGAGACUACAAAUCGAAGAUUAUCAAAAGCAUAGAUGAGGAUGAUCUUCUAGAAGACAAAUUGAGUGGCAGCAGUAAUACAAACAAAAGACAAAAAAUUGCUCAAGACUUCUUCAACUCUAUUGACCAGACUGGAGAACUUAUGGCAAUGCUUGAAAAUGAUGAAAUUGAUGAAGUUAAACAAGAAAGAAUGGAGAGAGCAGAAAGACAAACUCGAAUUAUGGAUUCAGCUCAAUAUGCAGAAUUCUGUGAAAGUCGACAUUUAAGUUUCUCCAAAAAAAAUUCCAAAUUUCGAGACUGGUUGGACUGCAGCAGUAUGGAGAUAAAACCCACUAUUGUCGCUAUGGAAAUUUUAGCAUAUUUAGCAUAUGAAACUGUGGCACAGUUAGUGGAUUUGGCUCUUCUCGUGAGACAGGACAUGGUCACCAAGGCAGGGGACCCCUUCAGCCAUGCCAUGUCUGCAACCUUCAUUCAGUAUCACAACUCUGCUGAGAGCGCUGCGGCCUGUGGUGUUGAGGCUCACAGCGAUGCCAUCCAGCCCUGCCACAUCAGAGAAGCUGUUCGACGCUACGGCCACAAGAUUGGCCCCCUUUCCCCAUUCACAAGUGCCUACCGCAGGAGUGGGAUGGCUUUUCUAGCCUGCUGAUGUGACUGUGGCCGGGCCUGCAACAACAGGAAAGGCAAUGUUAUACUAAGGGUAUUUCUUUUCCCUUCCUCGGACAAAAUAAAAUACAAGUUUGCCUUCUUGGUAUCCUAGGGAGUGGGCUGGCUUGUUGUGACUGUGCACCGGCCGACUCCUGCACUGCUCCAGCCCCUCAGGCCUGUGUCUCAUUUACUAGAUGGGCCGGAGCGCUAAUCCAUGGCAGGAUGUUUGGGAUGGUGUGUAGGUGGGCAAGCAUGCAGAUCAUACAGUCCUGAAAUUUUCAUUUGGAGUGGGUGUGCUGCCCUGCGCUCACAUAUCUUGAAAGCAGUGUCCUCCCCCAGCCCACUUGUUUAGUCUGUGCUUUAUUUGAUGCAUUUCAGGACCCUGAUUUGGAACAAAGGAAACUAAAUUUAAAGGGCAGUCAGUCUUCCCCUCCUACUGCCCUCCAAACUUUACUUCCCAACAGUCAUUGGGAAAAAAAUUUACCUGAACUUAGAGCCUGUCCCUUUCAGAAACUUACACUUAUGGAAGAGUUAAUGGACCCAAUGAACUGCCUGUUCCCACCCCUUCCUCCCUGGCAGCCAGCUGCCACACAUGUGUCAUUUGCAUGCUAUCUCCCAGCCUCCGGCCAUCCUCCUAUCAGGCGUGGUUUUCCUCACCUAGAACCUCUCUCCCUCUGUCCCCUCCUUUUCCUGUUCCUCCAAUCCCAGGCCCACCAGCUCCCUAGUACCUAACCCAUUCAGAAGCAGAAGAUUGCUUCCAGGGAGGGGCAGACCGAGUGCUUCCUCCCUCCAAGCUCCCAUACCUGGACUGGGAACACAUGGGGGUCAAGUCUUGCCAUAGUAGCUCAGCUCUCCCUGUGGCAUCUGUACUGUGUCUAGGAAAUGAGGAACUGUAAGUUUUGAGAACAAAUCAAAAUGUAGCAGACAUAAUUGUAAAGUUCCUUGAUUAAAAAUGAAUUGCAAUAAAGGAAGUUUUGUCUUUCAUUCUGU